AUGUGGAUUAAAGAAGUCUGGCAAGGAAAUUUUUUACCAGAAGUAUGUGUUCUUGACAAGAUCAUGCAGCGCUAUUCGUUUGUGGCUAUGGAUACGGAGUUCACAGGUUUUUUGCAUGUACCGUCAAGAAAUGCAUCCGAAGAUGAGCACUACCAUGAUCUCAAGUAUAAUACCGAUCGUAUGAGGUUGACUCAAAUUGGGUUUACAUUGUUUGACGAUGAAGGAAAUAUAGGAGGUACCUGGCAGUUCAACUUUAGAAAGAGUCCGGGUGUCAGUUUUAAGAAGAAUCAGCGCGGAGGGUUGAAUUUGGAAGGAGUUGAUAUGAAUUUAUUUGCAACAACCUUCAGAAACUUGGUCAAAUCCCAUCAUGGUAUUAAGUGGAUCACAUUUCAUGGCUUGUAUGAUAUGGCUUACGUAGUCAAACUGGUAACUGGGAGUCCUUUGCCAGAUUCAUCCAUGGAAUUUAUUGAAAGCCUUGGUAAUAUAGUCGGCCGUGUCUAUGAUGUGAAGUAUAUCGCCAAGUAUUGUCGAGGGCUAUUAUGUGGAGAGAUGGGUUUGGAAAGAAUGGCGAAUAUGUUGGGAGUAUGCCGUUUAGGGAUUGCACAUCAAGCCGGUUCAGACGCCUUACUAACGGCUUGUGUCUAUUUGGAAAUGAAGGAAGUUUAUCAGUUGAUUGAGGAGAGAUUUGAAGGCUUCUUGUAUGGGGUCAGCACCAAGAUCGAGAAGAACUAUGAGCUAGUUACGAUUUGUUGUCCACCGCAAUAUCUCCAACAUCUUACGCGUUGCUCGCCAUUUAAUUCCAUUUGUGUAGGACUUGACCAAUUGUCUAUAUGUAAUAUAUGA